CUAUUCCUCUCGGCGCUCAGCGUCUCCUCCGUUAUGGCCGCCCCACUACUUCCCGAGAUCAACGCCCACUCAGCUCCCGCCGACUCCCUCAAGAAGAUAUCAGAGUACUUCAACCUCCUCGCGGUCAAGGUCCAACAAAGCAAAUUCGAGAGCGCCGUACCAACAUGUGACCUCUCCAAAGUGGUCAUGCCCCAAGCUCCCUCCCCGCUUCCACCCCCUUCCUUCGGCCUAACCCUCCGCCACGUCGCCCUCGGCCGUGGCACCCAAAACUACACCUGCGACCCUUCCACCCCCACCGCGGCUCCCGUCGCCAAUGGCGCCGUCGCCUCUCUUUUCAACGCCUCCUGCAUCGUCUCCGCUUACCCCGACAUCGGCGCCAUGUUGUCGACUGUCUCCCUGAACUUCAACCUCUCCGACCUAGCCUCCAUCGCUUCCUCCGUCGCUUCCGCCCUUCCUUUCCCUCCUUCUUUUCUCAAACAGACCCUCGCGCCCACCUCCGGCAUGGCCGUCUCAGGCGCACAUUACUUCACCAACGCAUCCACGCCCUUUUUCAACAUGGAUGCCUCGCAGUGGAAGAUUGGUGAGGCGCCGUGUGCCAAGAACAGCAGUACGCCUGCUCCAGAAGCGGCGCCGAGGGGCCAACAAGGUGAAAAGGCGGUUGCUUGGUUGAAGUUGAUCACACGCCCGGGAGCGACGGGCGGACUGCAGGAAGUGUAUAGGGUAGAGACGGCGGGAGGAAGCGCGCCCGAGACGUGUCAGGGGAUGCCGGAGCAUUUCGAAGUGCAGUAUGCUGCUCAGUACUGGUUUUAUGGCAACUAAAAACUUUUCUGGGAUGUCCCUCAGUGACUGACCAUUGGAUUGGAUGUGGAAAAUCAAACCAAAAACAAGCACCAC